ACACCGGAAGCUGAAGGAAUGUCAAACUGCAGCAUGGUGGGUUGUUUUUAGGUAACCUCGGAGUAAAAAUGUUGGGAAAUGGUUUACUUCGGAUUGCGCCGUUAACGAAAUGCAUCACAAACGGCGGUACAACGUUGCUGUGCAGAACGAGCCCGUUAAACAGAAUACAGACGUGUUUAUACGCCAAGAAAGCUGCGGCCAAAGGAAAAGGUAAAGGUAUGAUGAAGGAGGAGCUGAAAGGUCCAGAGGUGUGUAGAGACCCAGUCAGACUGACGUCUUACGCAGUCGGAGUCAACAUCCUCAAACAGGGGGAAGACCCCAAACUGAAGCCUCAUGAGGAUUAUCCUGAGUGGCUGUUCCAGUUGAACCUGGGAAUGCCCAAAAAGCUGCACGAGCUGGAAUCGGACACCUGGGAGUACUGGAAACGUCUGAGGAAGGAGAACAUUUGGCGUUCCAACAGACUGCACAAAGGAAAGAAGUUCUAGGCCUUCACCGGACUGACACGGGGCUUCUUUGUGGACAGCGUCAUGAUUUACAGUCUGGACUGAAUCACCACAAGGAUGAUGCACAUUCAGGACCAUAUCUUCCUGAAUAACAGACUUUUAGAUCCACUCUGUCUCACUUGUCAUUCAUCCAGUGGAUAGUCUGAAAUUAUCCAGUCUUAGACUUUUCGACUUUUCUGCAUGGUAUAUAACUUCAGGAGGCUCAGCAGUGGUUAUAUGUAUUACAAAGGGGCAGAUGGUCCUUUAUAUUAAACAUGAAGCGGGGAUGGAAGACAUAAAAUUCACAAAGCUGCAGAGUCCAAAGCACUGCCAGAGUGAACCCUUAAAAAUGCAUCGUGAAUUCGUUCUCAGCCUUGGAAACGUUAGUUGACAAGAUCAUCUCCCUGCAAAGUCCAUUUAGUAGCUUUCUGGAGCUUCUAAACGUAUAACAGUCAAAUUUAGUAAAUCAGGUUUAUCUGCUUAUAAAGAAAUUGUGAUCAAAAUUUGAAAGAUUGCGUGUUUUAAUGAAAAGCUCCAGAGCAGCUAAAAAAACAGAAAAGUGCCGUGUUUGCUGUAUUGUGGUGGAUUAAAAGAACGGAACAUGUAUAAGGUUGUUUUUUGUUAUCAAUCAUGUGAAUGUUUGUUACUUUGCAGACUUAUUACAAAUAAAUCUGAAUCUAAAAAGG